AUGCCCUAUUUAUCUGAUCGUCAAUAUGGUGUUCUUUCUCAUCGACGUUUAUUAGUUAGAUUAAAAAAUUCUUCAUCAAUAACACGACGACUUAAAUUAGGUCGAACAUUAAAUGUUCAUCGAGGUUGUGUAAAUACAAUAUGUUGGAAUGAACAUGGUACAACAAUAUUAUCAGGUUCUGAUGAUCAACAUUUAAUUGUAACAGAUCCUUAUACAACAAAAAUUUUAACAAGUGUACAUAGUGGUCAUAGAGAAAAUAUUUUUUCAGCAAAAUUUUUACCUGAAACAAAUGAUCGUCGUGUUGUUUCAUGUUCAGGUGAUGGUAUUAUAUUUCAUACAAAUUUUGAUCGACCUAAUAAUUCACAUAGUAAUGAUGGAUGUUUUACUUGUCAUGGUGCAGCAACAGCAUAUGAAGUACGAGUUAUUCCACAUACACCAAAUUUAUUUUUUUCAUGUUCUGAUGAUUGUACAGUACGAUUAUAUGAUUUAAGAACAAAAAGUAAUUGUUUAAAAGCUCAUUGUAAUGAUGAUAUUAUUAUAAGAAGUAAAUGGGGUAUUACAUCAAUUGAUAUUAAUCCAAUGAAUCCAAAUGAAAUUGUUUGUGCUUGUUCGGAUUCAUCAGUUCGUCUUUAUGAUCAUCGAAAACUUUCUACUCAAUUAUCAUCUGAUACAUCGAUAUCUCGUCGAUGUGAAGCAUCAAUAAAUGGUCUUAUAUCUCGUUUUGUAUUAAUGGAUCGUAAAGAAAAACGUCCACCACGUAUAACAUCUGUUGUUUUUAAUCAACAUGGUACAGAAAUAUUAACAUCAUAUUCAUCUGAAUCUCUCUAUUUACUUGAUCCAAAACAAUCAAUAACACAAGAACAAAGUCAAGAACGUCUUACACAACAUCGUAAUGAAAAACGAACAAAAAGAAAUAUAAAUGAUGAUAGCAAUAAUAAUAAUAAUAAUAAAUCACCAUCAAACGAAUCAUCAACAACAGAAGAAAAAAAAACAUCUCAUUUUAAACGAUUACGUCUUCGAGGUGAUUGGAGUGAUACAGGUCCUGAUUCUCGUCCAUUGCAUGAACAAGAAUCUGAAUCAUCAUCUACUACUACUACGAAUAAUAAUAAUAAUAAUACUGAACAACAACAGCAAUCAUCAAAUAAUGAUAAUCCAGAUGAACAACAACAACAACAAGCAACAUCUCGAAGUCGUAAUUUACAAAAUAUAUUUAUGCAACGAAUGAGUGAUAUUUUAACACAAUUAGUUACUCCUAGUGAAACAGAAAACGAAGAAAGAGAAUCAACAACAACUCCCAAUAAUAAUGAUAAUAAUUCAACACCAACUAUUACUGAAGUAAAUACAGAAAGUGAAUCUACGUCAACAACAACAACAACAACAACAACUAAUCCUAUUGUGCAAUCACCUCCAUCACCUACAUCUAAUGAAAGUUCAGCAAGUACAACAACAAAUACUAAUGAAUCAGAGAACAGUCGAGAUCGAAUUGGAUUUUUUGAUAUUUUAUUUGGAAGAGGUCGUCGAACGAAUAAUCCAGAAGACGAUGAUGAAGAUGAUGAAGAUGAAGAUGAUGAAGAUGAUGAUGAUGAUAGUAUGGAUGAUGAAGAUGCACAUGAAGACGAUGAAAAUUCUCAACCAUCAUCAUCAACGCCACCAACAGCAACAACAGAAAAUGCUCCAUUAUCUGGACGUGCUCGUCGUCCAUUAAUGGCUUCAAAAUGGGAUCGUAUAAUGAAACGUCGUGAAGCUGAACGUCGUCAUGAAGAAAAUCUUUUAAAAACUGUUCCUAGUUUAGGUAUAAUUAAUUCUUAUGAUGGUCAUCGUAAUGCUCGUACAAUGAUUAAAGAAGCAAAUUUUUGGUCGGAUUCAUACGUUAUGUCUGGUUCAGAUUGCGGACAUAUAUUUAUUUGGAAUAAAUUUACAAGUAAUCUUGUACGAAUAAUACAAGCCGAUGAACAUGUUGUUAAUUGUGUACAGCCACAUCCACGUGAUUAUCCAAUAUUAGCAUCAAGUGGAAUUGAUUAUAAUAUAAAAUUAUUUUCACCAUUGGCUGAAAAACCAAUUGAUGAUAGUGAACUUAUUACACGUACAAUAAAACGUAAUCAUGCAAUGAUGGAAGAAACAUCGAGUACAAUAACUGUACCAGCUACAUUUAUGUUUCGCAUGUUAACAUCAUUUUAUCGAUUACGACGUCCCGAAGGAUUAUUUGGAUUAGAUGAUGAAGACGAAUCAACAGAGUGA